CAAUCUUUUUCUGCAACUUUGUGAUUUCUCAUUAUUUUUAUUCAAAUAGUUUUGAUGGAAGUGUUUCAUGUUUACUGUGCUCUUUUCCUGCACUGAGAAGCAUAUAAGAAAGUAAUAAGACAAUGCAUGGUAGGCUAAGAGUCAAAACUACAGAACAACAAGAAGCGGAGAAAGCUGUAGAGCGCCAGAAGAAGCUUGCGAAAUACAAUGCUGGCACAGCUCUGCUUUUUAAAAAGCGCAAAGAGAGAGUAUACGAUGAAGAGACUGCACUUCAGUUGUCUCAGAUUUUGGCCGUGAAUCCGGACUUUUACACGUUAUGGAACUACCGUCGUGAAAUUUUCCUGCACUGGAAGGCCGAAAAGAGUUCGGAAUAUCUGCAGCAGAUGCUUAAGUCCGAUCUUCAGUUCACCGAACAAUGUCUCGGCGUAAAUCCAAAGUCCUACUGUGCUUGGCACCAUAGGUGUUGGGUGAUGGAGAAUAUGCCCGCCCCGGACUGGGAAGCGGAGAUCCAGCUCUGUGACCGCUACCUCAAACUGGACGGAAGGAACUUCCACUGCUGGGACUACCGUCGGUUCGUGGUGGCCGGCGCCGGCCGGUCGGCCGCUGACGAACUGGCCUCGGCCGACCGUCUGAUCGAGACCAACUUUUCCAACUACUCGUCCUGGCACUACCGCUCCCACCUGCUCAGUGAGCUGUUUCCCGCCUCCGGCACGGCCACACCCAUCAGAGAGGACAAGUACCUGCACGAGCUGGAACUGGUCCAGAACGCCGCUUUCACGGACCCGUCCGACCAGGCGCCGUGGUUCUACCACCGCUGGCUGCUGCAGGGGCGCCGCCCAGCGGCCAGCAUCCUAAGCUGCAGUGUGCUGCGCGGCGGACAGAUGGCGCGCGUGGCGGUGGCGCUCAGCCGCCCGGCACGGCCGGCUGACGUCGGUCUGACGCUUGAGGCUGGAGAGAGUCGCGUCACCGAGUGGAUCUCACCCACUGGAGAGAGCAGCGGAACGGUCUGGGUGAGUGGGCGGGGUGAGCAGGGAGGGAGAGGGAGAGAGAGGGAGAGAGAGGGAGAGAUGGGAGAGAGGGAGAGAGGGAUAGAGAGGAAGAGAGGGAGAGAGAGAGAGAGAGAGA